CUUGGUUUCAGCCCGUAUUCAAGGUAAAAAUUAUGAAUUAAAAGGGUGGUUUGGGUGUCUAGUUAAAAAAUACAAGCAGUUUUCGUUUAUAAUAAUCAACAUAAUAAAAGAAACUUAAAAUAUGAUAGGAAUUUGAGUUCAAAUAGGACAUGAAUUGUAAAAUAAUAAUGAUCUCAUGUAAAUUAUUAAUUUCAAUAUAUACAUGUAGCCGUGUCCCCAUACCCUAUGUUUCAAAGAUUUGUCGUGUCCUGCACCUGUACCCUUACCCUUACCCGUACCGGUACCCUUACCCGUUUCCGUGCAACUUAGCUUAUGAGUUUCCACAAACCUUAAUGUGCUCCUGAUGCUUCUCUACCCUGAUUAUGUUUUGCUGCCCUCUCCAUUAGCGGAUCUACCUUAGAGGAAGUGGUGUCGCGUGACACCACUUCCUCAAGGUAUUUAUACGACAUAGGGGUUCAUAAUUCAUCUUAUUAGUUACAAGAAUACAUUUUCUCGUAUAGCACUUAUCUUAGAAAGAUUUCUGUUUUCUUCUAAUAAAGAGAGUCCAACUCUUUGAUUCAUAGUGAAGGGUACUUGUUUGAACUUUGAAAUACAUAGAGAAGAGUAAGUGCAACAAGUAAAAAAAAAUCUAAUUUGGUUACAUGUUUGUAAUAAAUCAAAAGUGAUUAUUUGAUAAAAUUCAAUCAAGUUUCUUAGAAUAAACAAAAUAAGGGAUUUUGUUAGAAUUUAUUGCAGGGAUGAGUGGUAGUGUUAUUAAUGAUGCGGUGAUUGGUAGUGUCACUAAUCAAUGAGAAGAUCACCUUAACGUUUAUUUAGUGACAUAUUGAAAAAGAUGCAUUUGAUAGUGUUAUUAGUGAUGUGAUUAUAUUUUUUUUUUAAAAUAUGAAACUCAUCAAGGACAAUUGUAAGUUUAUUAAUUAUUGGUGAUAUCACACGCUAGAAAUUCUGGACCCGCCACUGCCCCCCUCCAUUGAAACCGAAGAAUAGGCACACUGGAAGAAUCUAUUACAGACACAUCACUGUUAUUAUGUAUUUAAGCUCCUUAAUUAUAUUGGGCUUUGCCUAUGGCAUUGUUAUCUGAUCUUGGUCCACACCGACACAGGUCUCCGCCUUACCAAUCAUCACUUUCUUUUGGAACACUUUUGAAUAUGAGGGGUUACUUGUGGUUUAUUCAUGGAUAUAUUUAAUCAAAAGGCACUACCUUUGUGCUUUGGUAUAUUCAUUUAUAUCUCGAGCAUGGAGAACUUCAAAGGGCAUAUCUUUGAUUUCUUAAAUCAUGAUGGGAUUUCAGAGGCCGUGUUGCUAAGCGAUGAUAUUAAAGAAACAUCAGAGGUAAUUGCUGACCGGGAUUAUGCUGUGGGCGAACAGGUUCUAAUAAGAUAUGGGAAGUUUCCCAAUGCAACACUGAUGUUGGAUUUUGGCUUUACUCAUCCGUACAAUAUCCAUGAUCAGGUUCAGAUAUGGAUGGACUUACCAAAGCAUGAUCCUUUGUAUUCGUCAAAAUUAGGAAUUCUUGCUAAACACUGGUUUCCUUCAAGCCCAGAAGCCAAUGAUCUCAAUUCUUCAGGGUGUUCCUUCCUAAUCAGGGAAGUCAAAUCGCCUAAAGCCAAAGGGAAAGGCAUUCCUCAAGCACUUCGUGCAUAUACUCGGAUUUUGUCUAUCACAUCCCAUGAAGAGCUGGAAGCUUUGGUAAUUGAGGCUGCUGAGAAUGAUGGUCGACUCGCUAGGCUCCCUUUAAGAAACACAGAAAGUGAGAUCCAUGCCCAUUCUAUCUUGCUGUCACAAUUUACUCAUUUGAUUCAGGAACGUGAUGCUGCUGUAAAGGUUCUCGAGUCCAUGAGCAGUCUUGAUGCUAUUAGCCGUGUUGCUAUUAGAAAGAAGAUGGCAAUAGAUCUCCUAAAUGGAGAGAUUAGAGUUCUGAGAUCUGCAUGUGCCUGGCUUACAAAUUACUGUGCGAAUCUAUCAGCAUGUAAUGGAGGAGAGAACAUUCGAAGAAUUAAUACUGCGCUUUAAAAGAAUAAGCAACUUUUUAGUGUUAUGAGAUGUCAUGGAGACGAAAAGCAUGUUAUACAUUUAUAUUGAUACUAGCAAUUAAUUGCCACAUAAUGCGGGGGGAAAAGAGCAAAACUAAAACUAUAUUUAAACUAUUGGAUAACAUCUCUCAAAUGGUUUCAUCUCAAUAAUUAUAAACAUUGAAGGGAAUUUAACA